AUGGCUAUAGAUCCAGAGACGCGCCGCAAGCUCUUGCUUGUGCAGAAAAACGGCGCCAAUAAGAAGUGCUUUGACUGUGGCGCCUUCAACCCUCAGUGGGCAUCGCCAAAAUUCGGAAUUUUCAUUUGCCUAGAGUGCGCUGGUGUCCACCGUGGUUUGGGUGUUCACAUCUCGUUUGUGAGGUCGAUCACGAUGGACCAGUUCAAGCCGGAGGAGGUGUUGCGUAUGGAGAAGGGUGGAAACGAAAAAUGUAAAGAAUUUUUCGAGGAAAGAGGCCUUGACUUGGACCUACCUGCCAAGUCCAAGUUCGACAACUACGUCGCGGCUGACUACAAGGAUUACUUGACCUGUGUUGUGGAAGGAAGAGAGUACGAGGAAAAGGACCACUCGGGAGAGUUUUUGCCCCAGAAGGGCGCCCCAGCGGCUCCAGUCACCACCAAGGCUCCUCAGAUCGAUAGAUCCAAGAAUGAGGCCUACUUUGCCCAGCUUGGGUCUGAAAACGAAAGACGACCAGAAAACCUCCCUCCUUCUCAGGGUGGCAAGUAUUCUGGGUUUGGAAACACACCUCAGCCCGCUUCCAACGGCGACAAGGGCUCUUUUAGUGGUUUCUCUCUCAACAGGUUCCAGGAAGACCCCGUCGGCACCUUCACCAAGGGCUGGGGUCUCUUUUCGCUGACGGUGGCCAAGUCCGUCAACGAGGUGCACGAGUCUGUCAUUAAACCAGGCUUCCAGAACAUUCAGGAAAGCGAUUUGGGCAGCGAAGCCAAGAGAGCCAUGGCUCAGUUUGGCCAGAGAAUGCAAGAAACAGGUAAGUACGGCCACGAGACCUUCAACACGUUUACCAAGGACGUUCAGGACAAGGGUCUCAACAACACGCUUGAUCUGUUGUUCGCUGGUCUCAGCGUCAAGGAGAAGCAGGAAGUCCAGGACGCCUUUGGAUUCGAGAAGCCUGAGAGUAAGACUCUUCUCGAUUCUGAAAGCAGCGCUCACCUCAACGGCACCUCAACGCCGCCCCAACCAAAGCAGCAAGCACAGCCAACACAACCAGCACCUGCUGCUCGUAAGCCAGUUGUCAAGGCCGAUUCCCAAGACGAUGAGUGGGACGACUUUUAG